AUGCUGCGGAGGAGCUUCUGUUUGUACUUUCAUGUCAAAGAUCUAUUACUCUCUCCCAUCUGCACAUUCUCCCGCCAAAUAUCUAUUUCUCCAUCACCCAACUUGAAAACACUGUGUUCCAAUGCCCAAUUGAAUGAAGCAUUGCUGCAAAUGGCCAUUUUUGGCUCUGAAAUGAAGUUCGAAGGUUACGAUACCAUCUUGAACCAAUGCGUUAGCCAAAGGGCUAUUAGAGAAGGCCAAAGAGUUCAUGCCCACAUGAUCAAAACUUGUUAUUUGCCUCCGGUUUAUCUCAGGACGAGGCUGAUUGUGUUGUACAAUAAGUGCGAGUGUUUGGGUGAUGCACGGGAAGUGUUCGAUGAAAUGCCCCUGAGAAAUGUGGUUUCUUGGACCGCGAUGAUUUCGGCUUAUUCGCAGAGAGGGUUUGCCUCUCAAGCCUUGAAUCUCUUUGUGGCAAUGUUAAGAUCAGGUACAGAACCAAACGAGUUCACUUUUGCUACCAUACUUACUUCUUGCAUAGGUAGUUUGGGAUUUGAAAUUGGUAGACAAAUUCAUUCCAUUGUCAUUAAAAGAAACUAUGAGUCCCACAUGUUUGUUGGAAGUUCACUUCUUGAUAUGUAUGCAAAAUCUGGGAGAAUCCAUGAAGCUCAUGGAGUUUUCCAAAGCUUGCCCGAACGAGAUGUCGUUGUGUGUACUGCUAUCAUCUCUGGCUAUGCUCAAAUGGGUCUUGAUGUAGAGGCAUUGAAGCUAUUCCGUCAGCUCCAAAGUGAAGGAAUGCAUUCAAAUUAUGUAACUUAUGCUAGUGUCUUAACUGCUCUAUCCGGACUUGCUGCGCUAAAUCAUGGCAAGCAGGUCCACAACCAUGUCCUUCGGUCUGGACAGUCUUUGAAUGUGGUUCUCCUGAAUUCUCUAAUCGAUAUGUACUCAAAAUGCGGGAACGUCUGCUACGCUAGGAGGAUUUUCGAUCACAUGUCUGAGAGAACUUGCAUAUCGUGGAAUGCGAUGCUCGUUGGAUAUAGUAAACAUGGCAUGGGGCGAGAGGUACUCGAACUUUUUAAAUUGAUGAGAGAAGAAAAUAAAGUUAAACCUGACAGCAUCACGUAUUUGGCUGUUUUAUCUGGUUGUAGUCAUGGACAACUAGAACAUAAGGGGCUUGAAAUAUUUUACAACAUGGCUGAUGGAAAGGAUGGGAUUGAACCAGAUAUUGAGCAUUAUGGUUGUGUUGUUGAUUUACUUGGACGUGUUGGCAGAAUAGAAGAGGCUUUUGAUUUUAUAAGAAAGAUGCCUUAUGUGCCAACGGCUGCUAUUUGGGGAUCACUGUUAGGUUCGUGUCGAGUCCACUCGAACGUCGACAUCGGCAUAAUUGUGGGUCAGAAGCUUCUAGAAAUAGAGCCUGAAAAUGCUGGUAACUAUGUUAUUCUCUCAAAUUUGUAUGCUUCUGCAGGAAAAUGGGAAGAUAUGAGGAAUAUAAGGGACCUGAUGCAAGAGAAAGCUGUGAUAAAGGAGCCAGGUCGCAGUUGGGUAGAGCUUGAUCAGAUUGUUCAUACUUUCCAUGCAAGUGAUCACACUCAUCCAAGAAGGGAGGAGGUGGCGAGGAAGGUGAAAGAAUUAGCCAUUAAAUUCAAGGAAGAGGGUUAUGUUCCCAACUUGAGUUGUGUGUUGUAUGAUGUGGAUGAAGAACAGAAAGAGAAGGUACUUCUAGGCCACAGUGAAAAGCUAGCUAUGGCAUUUUGGUUGAUUGCUGCCCCUGAAGGAGCAACGAUCCGAGUCAUAAAAAACCUCCGAGUUUGCGUCGAUUGCCAUAGUUUUGCCAAAUUUGUGUCGAAGCUUUAUGCAAGAACGGUAAUCCUAAGGGACAAAAACCGGUUCCAUAAUAUAGUUGGGGGAACAUGUUCUUGUGGAGAUUAUUGGUAAAAGCUUCCAUGUUAGAAAUAGCAAU